GAGAGCAGGCGAGAGAGGGAGAGAGAGAGAGAGAGAGACGAGAGCAGGCGAGAGGCAACGCGAGAGAGAGAGAGAAGGGGAAAGAGGAGGGGGGAUAGAGGGAGAGAGAGACUCAGAGUGUGAGAGUCGUUCCUGCCCUCUGUCUCUACACACUGCUUGCCUGUGUGUGCGAGUGUGUGUGUGUAUGCGUGUGCGCGUUUCUCCCUGUGCUCUCUCUCUCUCACACACACACACGCAGACGGGCGCACACAGAAAAAGGGCGAGCAAGUGAGCGAAAGAGAGAGAGGGAGAGCGAGAGAGAGGGGGAGAGAGAGAGAGAGAACACAUCGCAGCCGAGAUGCAGCAGGAGGUUUUCCGAGGUUUGGGGGUAGUGCCAUGGUGUCCCAGGUGGAGCUAUGGGACCCCCAUCACGCCAGCAGCCUUCUCUCUGAGCUGAAUCACGGGCACUUGAACGACCUCGGCCUGCCACUUGACGUCACACUCGUCGCCGCUGACAACACAGACUUCCACGCCCAACGGAGCGACCUAGCUGCCGCUUGUACCGCCAUCGUCUAUCGUCUUCCCUUGGCACCAGCACUCCCUUGGAUACUUCCUUUUCGUCCAUCGCCACUCCUGGGACAGAGAGAGUGGUGGUGCCCUCCUGCCUCCGGUGUGGGGCACUACGGCCUGCCGGACUACAUUUACGCGUCUCGUGUCUCCCAGCGAGACCCCUGAGGUGCCAGGCAUCUGUCCGAGGCGGCAGACUGCAGCCUCGUGGUGCCUUCUGGACUUUUCAGAUUGGGGAUUGAGGAGUGCGAGCAAAUGAAAAGCAAAAAACUGAAAGGGAAUAGGAUGGGGGAGGAAAGCAACCGGGGAGAUGUCGGACAAACAACAAAAAUAUCUCUCCGCUUUCCCCUCAGCGCGGGGUUGCCAGUCCCCAUGGCGCAAAACCACUGCCCCAUCCCUCUUUCCCCAACCUCUGUUGCGGGGCAUGACACAAGCCUGGCAGAGGGCAUGAGGAAAAUGGAUUCCCUCACGGACAAGCAGCUGCCCCGCACGCCAGUGAAACACCACAACUUGCCAGCCGCUCCCCGCUCCUCUGCCUCUUUCUCCUCCUCUUCCUCUCUCAUUGAUCUCUCUGCAUCAGUCAGGAAGGACUCUAAAUCCACUCCACCCUUUCCUGCAGCUGGUCCUGAUCCCCAUUUUCAGAGGCCCCCCGCCGGAGCAGCGGAGGGCUGUUCAGGGGACGCCUCCGGGGGGAGCCUCCCACAUGGCACUAACCCAGAGCACUCGACGACAGAGACAGCACAUAUCCUUUUCAAACUGAGCACCAAGGCCUUCCAGGGCCAGGGGGCGAGGGAGUCAGAGAGGAGGAUGGACCACAGCUCCAAAGGCAAACAAGCCGAUGGAGAGACCCCACGGAGGGAGCUGAACGCUGCCUGCCUGGGUGAUCCCCCUCCUUCUCCUCCUCCCCUCUCCCUCAGCCCCCCUCCUCCUCCUCCCCCUGCACCGGCUGCUCCCUCUCUGCCUGGUGAUGCCUCCCAGGAGAUCCUGAAGCCGGAGCUUCUGUGCGGGGUGUGCCACCGCCUUUUCAGCACCGCCUCCUCCCUCACCGUCCACAUGAGGCUGCACCGCGGCAGCCGAGCCCUCAGCUGCCGCCACUGUGGCAAAGCCUUCAUCCAUAACAAAAGACUGCAGUCCCACGAGGCCAUGUGCAAGCAGGCCUUGCCAGCUCUCCCCAUCCAGCCCAAACAGGAGCCCCUGGAUGAGGGAGAGGAGGCAGGGGAGAGGGAGGCAGGAGAAGGAGUGGGGGUGGACGAGUCGGCCGAGCCAGGUCACAUGACCGGAGCUGGCCGGAAGAAAGGACGUGGCUUUCUGGCGCGCCACCGAGUCUCAUUCCCUCACGAGGAGGGGCUGAUCACUGAGGACGAUCACUUUGCCAAGAUUGUGGACGGUCACAUCAUAUACUUUUGCACUGUGUGUGAGCGCUCCUACAUGACCCUGUCCAGCCUCAAGCGGCACUCCAACGUCCACUCCUGGCGCCGGAAGUACCCCUGCCACUACUGCGACAAAGUCUUUGCCCUGGCGGAAUACCGCACCAAGCACGAGAUCUGGCACACAGGGGAGCGGCGCUACCAGUGCAUCUUCUGCUGGGAGGCCUUCCCCACUUACUACAACCUCAAGACCCACCAGAAGGCCGUACACGGCAUCAGCCCCAGCCUCAUCUCCAGUGAGAAAACCGCAAAUGGAGGCUAUAAGCAGAAAGUCAACGGCCUCAAGCUGUACCGCCUGCUGCCCAUGCGUUCCCAGAAAAGGCCCUACAAGACCUACAGCCACUCGAUGGUGGACGGUCUGUUGCCGGACCCCCUGUCUUUGGACUGUGCCCUGCCGACCAACCUGGGUGCUGGUGAACUGCAGGCUCUCCUUGCUGAUGCUCACCCGACAGGCCUGAAGGCUGACCCAGACGCAUUCCCCAUCAGCUUGAGUCUGGGUCAGGACGAAAUCGCCAAGCUGGCUGCCGCCCAGGCAGGCAUGCCAGUGAGCGGACCAGAGGGAGAUAUGUCCGAACUGGGGCCGGCUGGUGGCAGUGGCAGGGCUCCCAAGCCUCCCAAGGGAGACUGCAGUCCGACCACAGCUGCUUCCUCGGUCAUCACCUAUGGACACAGUAAGCCGUCCGUCAUCGUGCACGGCACAGCGGUCUCGUCUUCUGUAAUUGUUCACAGUAAUCAGAUCUCAACUGGUAGCAGUGCACAAAGCCCUCCAAACAGUUCCACCUCCCCACUGCCUAGUGGGCAGCCGCUGGUAAGAACUCAGCGGUCAACAAAGAAACUCGCACAGAAAGAGUACGCGGACACCCACAGGGAUAUGGGCAAUGCCUCAGAACCCACAGACGUCACAGAGAGCAAACAAACAGGGACAGUGAAAGCUCAUCACAAGGUGCGCAAGUCGCACAGCAGAAAUGACUCUCACACAAGUAAGCCAUCCAGCCACGGCGGCACGUCCGAAGCUAAGGGCACGGGACCGCUGUGCCAGAUCACUGUGCGUAUCGGGGAGGAGGCCAUCGUCAAACGGAGCAUCUCUGAGACAGACCUCAUGAGGGACAAAGACCUUUCAACCAGCAAAGCCAAAAAGGGCGAUGCCUCCGCAGCUGAGGAUCAGCGGGAGCUGCGGCACACUCAUCACCACCGCCACAAACACCGCCCCCAUCGGAGCUCCAGCAAGGAGGAGGUGGAGGGGGAGCCCCGGAAGAAAACCCCCAAGACUUUGACCAAGGUGAGGGAGUAUUACUUCCGCCAGGAGGUGCGAGAGGAGGACAGCGACCAGGACGGAGAGGACAACCUCUGGAGACCUUAUUACUCCUACAAGCCCAAGCGCAAAGCCCCGCACAUGCAGAAGGUGAAAAGCUGGCAGCGCAAGCUACACUACAAACGAUCUCUGAGGCGGACGCUGCGAGGCGACAGACUCGCAAACCACACAGACAAUCCAGUAGAGGAGGAGGAGGAGGAAGAGGAGCCGGAAGAGCCAGAAGAUGAUGGAGUGGACGGGGAAGACCAGGCACUUAAGACAGAGGAGGAGGAGAGCGACAUCAUGCAACAAGAUAUAGAGAGUGUUGUGAACAAUGGAGACGCGCCUGGUCCUUUGAAAGAGGAUAAAGACACUGUGGAGGAAGAACAGAGCCAGCUGACACCUGAGUUGCCUUCCUCUGACUCUAAGCCCUUCCUGGAAACCUCAAAGCCAUCGUCCACUGACAAACAGGACCGGAGCUGGUCGGUGGGAGGCACAGCGGCUGAGUGUGGCACUUGUGGCCGGUGGUUCUCCAGCGCGAGAAAGCGGGACAAGCACGAGCUGACACACUUGAUGGAGUUUGUGUGCAUGCUGUGCCAGGCUUCAUUUCGCUCCCAGACCAAGCUGGAGGAGCAUCAGAAGACCCAGCACCCCAAACCGUGUCUCAAGAGCCCCCCUGCAGACAGGCAUGAGGCAAUGGAGACAGAUGCCAGCAGUGACCAGGCCAGAGACAUCACAGAGAAGGACAGUCCAACUCGAGUGGGCCGGAAACCUUUCACCAGGAACAUCUGUUCGCAUUGCAACAAGGUGUGCAAGACAGCCACAGCACUGAGUCGCCACCUCAGGAGGCAUGAGCUAAGCAGCCCAGCCAUGGCAGCGGAGGCCCAACUGAGCAUGCUCAGUGUGAGCCCAAAACUGGCAGAUCGGUCUCAGAGUGAGCCACAAGAGACCAACAGUGACCAUGUGCAAGAAACGCCGGUCAUUAACUACACUACAUUAACUACACCACAAGAGCAGAAGCAGGUGUUCGCUGAAUGUGUUAAGUCGUCUAGUCUGAGCCAACCUUGUGAGGCCCAAGCAGAGAACCAAAUGUCAGAGGCCUCCGAUGUCCCAGAGGCGGUGACCAUCGACAGAAGUCCCACAGUACAAAGCCCGCAGCAGAGUGUACAAAGCCCCCCUCCGAUUCCACAAUGUACAAAGCCAGCCACCCCAGACAGCCUCCCCAACUCGGCGGCAGAUGGCCAUAGGUUUUUGUCAUCACCCAAUCUGCACAGUGUUUUGGUCCUAAAUGGAGCAGAGUGCUUAGACUACAGAACACCUGAAAAGAAAAGCCUGGAUGCUCUUGAUCAGAGGAUACGCAGUCCUGCACAGAGACUGACAGAGCGGCCAAAUAGUUGCUAUACUGUCAUGCCAGCUAAACCCCAGGUAAAAGCUGACAAUGCUUUAGCCAUACACCUGACAACAGAGCCCAGCAGGCUGGCAAAUGUAGAGCGUGAGAGCUCCUUAGAUUCAGAGAAACAGGGUAAAAGGGGACCUCUUAUGCUUUUUAACGACGCACAAGAGGCCCAGGACCUCAGGGUCCCUGCCUUGUCCUGCAGCAGCCCUUGUGACAGCGAAGCACAGGACCUUACCAUGCCAACCAUCCUGGCCAGGGAGAGAGAGAGGGAGCGGGAGAGGGAACGGGAAAGAGAGAGGGAGAGGGAGAGAGAGAGAGAGGAGAGGGAAAGGGAGAGAGAGAGGGAAAGGGUGCAACACACUGUUGGGCUGCCCAACUUCCAGAUCGAACAACAGCACAGGGAGCAGGAGAUGACUCUACUGGUGCCCAAAGAGGAGCCAGUGAGCCCAGCGCCGUCUCCGAAAUGCUCCGUCGUUCAAACCACUACAAGCAACCCUUUGCAUAGGCGUUCAAAGUCACCCCGGCACUCCCCGAGCGCAGCAGAUCUGGCGCGGGCGAAACAGGAGGCGCAGCAGUCCCGCCGGCUUGGCCGGCAGGGGCUCAUAUUGCCAACAAGUUCGGCGGGGGGCAGCGAGCGCCCCUCGGCCCAUGCUCUGCUGCUCCCCAGGGUGUCUGAGGAGAAGCAGGAGAGCACUCCCUCCAGCAUUCCUGGGGAGCCCCAAAGGGACAACAGAGGCUACCCCAUCCAGGACUUCCCUUUGCCCUUGAUUAUGCCCGCAGGCUUUCGCACUGGGAAAAAACAAGAGGACAACAUUCUCAUGUCUUACCCUGCCGGCCCCCUUCCCUUUGCGUCACUGGGCAAGAUGGUUGCUCCAGGAGAUUUGGCCAAACUGCCCUUCUACCGUGACCCAUACCCUCUACUGUGUGCCCCGCAGCUGCUAGCUUACCCCUACAACCUAGCCACCCUGCCGAUGGCCUUGAACAUGAUGGGGGCAUCAGGGGACAAGGCUGAGCCCCUGCCCUUUCUGCCUGCUCUCUUCAACUAUGCCGCCGCCACUGCCCCUUACGCGGGCAUCGCGCCACACACCUUGAUGGCGAACCCCAGCCUCUACGGGGCCAGCAGUGGCAGCGGCAAAAAGAGGGACAGUGCCAACCCAUAGGAGAACAUUCUAGAGUCUGCAUCUCUAAAGGAAUAUUUAAAGAAAUAAAACCAGAAGACCAAGCCUUUUGGCAGAGGACUUACUGUUUUGUUUUUUGCUUUGUUAUUUUGUUGCUCUUUGGUAAAACUAACAGCACUUGACAGUCCUUGCCUCUCUUUUUUGUAAAAGUAGCCAUGAGACAUAGGAAAUUUUAGAGAAAGGGGGUAAAGGGACGAAUAGGUCUUUUGGAAGGGCAGUGAAAGUUGAAGAGGAGGCCUGAGAGGGAAAAGACUCUUGCUCUUCCUCCCGUCCUCUCUCCUCCUGGUCAGAUGUGCCUCCUGCACACCACUCCUUUAGUCACAUCUUUCUGUAGUAACUGUAGAGCUUGAUUGUUUGUCUUCUCAGACUCCUUCUGUUAAUAACUAUGAUAUAAUAAGAAUAUAACAGCUAACAGGGUGUGUGUUUUUUGCGACAGUUUAGUUCAGUAUGCUUCCCACUGUAGCCGAAUAAUUAUAAUAAUAUUGAUAUAAUGAAUAACAAUAAUGAUGAUAAUGAUAUGAACACCUCAAAUGCAGGCUAAAUGUAUUAGGAAAGGAAAGGGAUAAGCUGGUUAUGUCAUUCUGCAUAAAUGGGGUCAGAUAGCAAAACUAUGAUGAGUUGAUGUGGAUGUGGCUGUACUAGAGGGUGUGUGUGUGUAGUGUAUGUAUGUAUGUAUGUAUGUGUGUGUGUGUGUGUGUGCGCUUGUUUGUUUGUGUGCGUGCGUGUAUGUGCGCGUGUGCCUGUGUGCAUAGAUUUGCACGCGCAUGUGUGUGCCUAUUAACAUAUGUGGCUAUUCUCAGCUAUGUAGGUCUUGAUCCAUUCCAUAGAGAUCUGAGGUAUGCACGUCAUAUCAUUCCUAUGCUAGAUGGAUUUGCCUCUUGUAGGUCUUUUUAAGUGUGUACAUUAGAUGGUACCCUUCCACUGUCAGGCUUUACAGAGCAACUGAAGGCUGAAAGUAAGUCUGUGCCUGAUUGUCAAUAACUGAUGCCUCUAAAACACUAACAAAAACCGCGGUGGCCAGGGGACACAAAUCUAUGUUGACUGAGGCCUUUUUUCAACAUACCACAACAACAAUCUGGAUCAAUCUAUCAUCAUACUCGCUUAUAGGUUACAGGAAAACAGUAUGCAGCUUCAGGCUUCACUAUCUUGAACAUGUAUUAUACAAACUGGCCAAUAACCAAGAGCAGUUAGACUAGCUGGUUCCGGUACUUCCAGUCCUCUUACUAUUCAUCUCAUUUCUGUGGAUUUUUAUGGCAUAAAUAAUUAGCCUACACAAUUAUUGACCUUAUAGUUAGUGGCCUUUUCGUACCCCUGCUCCCCCUGGUGUCCAACCAAAGACACACUCUUUUUUGACUUGGCUGAGUCUGAGAGCAUUUAGGCAGAGGAAACGAGGGAGAGAGAAAGGGACGGUCAGAAAGAUGGACAGAUAAAGGUACCUGCUAUGGGUGUCAUUAUAAGAAUUUUCCUGAAAUCCAAAAAAAAUAAGAAAAAAAAAAGGAAAAUGUGACAAUAGAUGGACGGAUCUCCCCCUUCCUCCAUUCUUGAGGGCUAACAGGGAGAGCUCCUUUAAGUCUAACCUGACCCAGUCUGUAAGUGGCAGAGAUGUUCUAGAGAAUUCUGCCAUUUCCCAGACUGCGCUUCCGUUAGCCACUAGCAGCUCCUCUCUAACCCUCUGCUGCGCCACGACGGGGACAACAGGGAUGACGUCAGUCGAUCCUGACAGUGUCUCAGUAGGGGUUGGGCUUAGAGUCCAUUGUACUGGAGUUCCCCCUAGAAGCCUGCUGGGAGGUUUUUUUUCUUCUGUUAUGUAUAUCUCUCUGUGAUUUUUAUACCAGAUAAUUUGUUUUGUUUUUGUUUAAUUUUUAACCCCUUUUGGUAGAAGGACAAGGAUUCUGCGAAAAGGGUUUUUGAGUAUACAUAAAUAUGAAUGUAAUUUUAGUCCUGAGGUUGAUGAAGAUCAUAAGAGAAAACACUAUGGUAGAUGGAAUAGAAUCUGUUUUCUGACUUGAAAAAAAAAAUAACAUGUAAUGAACCAUUAUGAAGUCUUGGUAUAUCUACAGUAGUCUUAGCAACAUGACAAGAAACUUGGGUUCAAUAUUCACAACGCAUGAGCAGCACCUGCCUACAGCAUCUCCUCUGCUAUUGUCAACACAGUCUCUCAGCUCUUCUUUUUCCCUGAAACUUCAAACUACUACUUUUAUUUUCUUUAUCACUUGAUCACUUUGCACCACAUCCCUUUAUCGCCCACCCUCAACUUUUUAUAUAUAUAUAUUUCAAAUCUAAAUACCAAAAAAAGAACAGCUGCCACUUUUUUUUUUUGUCUGAAUCAGUAUGGAAGCUGUCCAAUUAUACGCCGCCCCCUCUUCCUCCCUCCCUCCCUCCAUCCAUCCCUCUCUCCUUCUACACCUCUACUGCCCUCCUCACCCCUUUCCCCCUCUCCACUCACACCUCUAACUGUCCUCCUCCCCCGUUUCCCCCCUCUCCUGGCCAUUUCCAAAACAUUUUACAGCUUGCCUUUGAAGUGUGAGUGCGUUUGAAAGCGAGCGAUGAAACCGCAACACUGUUCGUUUCCGGAGGGUACAAAGCACAGCCUGACCAAUUGUAGAGGCCGACGUGGGUUUGCUUGGGUGUGGUUACAAGCCUUUUGUGUGUGUGUGUGUGUGUGUGUGUGUUUGUGCGUGCGUGUGUGUGUGUGUGUACUGUAUGUGAGUGAGUGAGUGAGUGGAGAAUAAAAGAAAAACCAAAACAAUCACCAUAUCCCUUUGGGGUUUGCCCUGUUUUUGGUAGGUCCUGAUUUGUUUUGCGUUGCUUUGAAAAGGCCUUCCCUACCUCCCUCAAUCCCUUUACUCUCAUGAGAUAAACAAACAACAAAACAAACAUAAACAACAGAAAAAUCUAGAAAUAUGUAUCAUGAAUCCAUACAUUUGUUUGGCCAAAAAAACAAAAAAAACAAUUUAUUCUGAAAUCAUUCCCAUACCAUGUUUUUUUUUUUGCCAUGUUACAUUCACACGUAUCUGACAACAGAGAACCUGCCAGUUCAGAUGGGAUUUUGUGAUAUGGUAGUCUGUGCUUUACUGAUUCUUUUAAAGUCUUGUUCUGGUAAUGAUAUUUAUGUAUGGCCCCACUGAACAUGAUUGCCUGCAGAGUGGGGAUAACUUGAGAUAUCAAACAAGAGUGCUGCUGACACUCUGAAUACGCAAAGAGAUUGACUUUAGUUAGAUGAGUGUGGCUAAGUUGUCAAGUUUCGUAUACAUGUUAAUGUGAUACUGUGCCAUAGUUUUAGAAGCCUGCACUGUAGGGCUUUAAAAAGUAUGUGUUUUUGAUGACUUUGUGUUAUUAUUUAAUGCAAAGGCUUGUAGCCACAAAACACCCAAACAAGUCCACAACUUUAUUUUUUUAAUAUUACUUCUCUCAUUGGUUUUUCUCCUCUUUAUCUCUCGUUCUCUGUCUCUCCCUAUCUCUUUCUCUGUCUCCAUGCUACAAUCAUAUGAAUAAAGUAUUAACCUGACGACCCAA